ACGGCAGCGGAGAAACCGAACCGGAUCAGUGCUUCACUAGUGAAAUCGCUGAUUGAUUAUUUAUUGGAUAAAUCAUUGCGUGAAAAUUAUGGAAAAUAAAAAGAUUGUCGUCUUGUGUACAGUUUCUUUGACGUUUUUGUUGAGUAUAGCUACGGUUUCAGCCUUCGUUGAAGAGCUCGAUGACACGUUUAAAGACACACGAAUGCCUGAUGAGAUAUGGCUUAUACAAUUCUACGCUCCCUGGUGUACCUAUUGCAAGCAGCUGGACCCAGUGUGGUAUGAAAUCGGGGCUGAGCUGAAAAGUAUGGGGUCUCCAGUCAACGUGGGCAAGGUCGACGCCACAGCCCACACCAAUUUUGCAAAAGAGUUUCGAGUUGGAGGCUAUCCCGCUAUAAAGUUGUUGAAGGAUGACUUGAAAUACAACUACAGAGGCCCUAGAACCAAGGAUGGCAUAAUGGAGUUUGCAGACAGAGUAUCUGGGCCUGUGGUGAGAGCACUGCCAAGUCAGCAGUUAUUUCAGAAUGUUAUGAGUAGACAUGAUGUUCUCUUUGUAUACGUUGGUGGACCGUCCGACUUGAAGGAGAAGUACAUAUCUGUGGCCAAGGAACUGAUUGUGCAUACUUACUUCUUCUCUGCUGCAAGGAACAUUUUACCCAAGGCAGUUACUCUCCAGGAAUACCCGGCUGUGGCAGUGUUCAAGGAUGGCACUUACUUCCUUUAUGAUGAACAACAUGAUGGGGACCUCGCAUCCUGGAUCAAUAGUGAACGAUUCCUUAAUUACCUCCAGAUUGACAGCUACACUUUGUAUGAAAUGGGAGAUACAAGCAAACUGGUGGCUCUGGCUAUAGUGGAUGAGAGAAACCCUACUGAGGAGAGCAUCCGUUACAAGACCAUGGUGGAAAGAGUGGCCACUGAAUACAAGGACCUCUAUAGCAAAGAAUUCCAGUUUGGUCACAUGGACGGAAACGAGUACAUCAAUGGCCUCAUCAUGGAAGAACUGGCCAUGCCCUCUAUUAUCGUGCUCAACGUGUCUAACGAUGGAUAUUUCCUACCGCCCAACAAAGUGGAGACAAAGGAACAGCUGGUGAAGUUCAUCGAUGGAGUGUCGAAGGGCCGGAUUAAAUCCCAGGGAGGGAAUGGAUACUAUCAAUGCUUUAUAAGGAUUGCGUUCAACACCAAAACGACUGUUACAAAUAUAUUUACCAAUGCGCCCCUUUUGGGCGCCUUCCUCGUCGUUGUUUUCUGCGGUGGCGGAAGUGCCUUGUGUUACGGCCUAUGCAUGGCCUGGCGCUCAAUGAGAAACACAGAGUCGAUGAGAGACACAGAGGACGAGGAACCAAUAACUGGGGAGAGGGUGGAGCCAAAGCAGCUCAAAGGUCCUGGGGACGACAACAAGACUGAGAUGAAAGUGAAGAAUCCGGCAGAGAAGAAGGCCGAUUAAGUAUGAAGUGGACUUUAAAUGACCCCACAAACCGUGGACCCAGUUUACGACGGGGCAGUCGGAGGGGCAAAGGGUUAAAUACACAACAUGUAAUUGAUGGGAUUGGAACCAGGUGUGAAGGAAGACAAGACAAAAUCAAUGGAAAAUGAAAAAGGGAUCAGUGAUGGCUAGAAGGUCGGUGACGUCGACCGCCGAACACCGCCCGAACAAGGAGAGGGACCAAACAAAUCUUUUUUUUUUAGAAUCUUCAAAGUAGCCACCCUUUGCCUUGAUGACAGCUUUGCACACUCUUGGCAUUCUCUCAAUCAGCUUCACCUGGAUUGCAUUUCCAACAGUCUUGAAGGAGUUCCCACAUAUGCUGAGCAUAUCACACUGCGGUCCAACUCAUCCCAAACCAUCUCAAUUGGGUUCAGGUCCGGUGAAUGGAGAACAGGUCAUUUGAUGCAGCACUCCAUUACUCUCCUUCAUCAAAUAGCCCUUACACGAAUGAUAAUCCCACUAAGCGCAAACCAGAUGGGAUGGCGUAUCGCCGCAGAUUGCUGUGGUAGCCAUGCUGGUUAAGUGUGACUUGAAUUCUAAAUAAAUCACUGACAGUGUCACCAGCAAAGCACCCUCACACCAUCACACCUCCUCCUUCAUGCUUCAUGGUGGGAAUCCAAAAAAAAUGCACCACAUGUGGAGAUCGUCCUUUCACCUACUCUGCGUCUCACAAAAACAGGGUGGUUGGAUCCAAAAAUAUCAAAUUUGGACUCAUCAGACAAAAGGACAGAUUUCUACCGGUCUAAUGUCCAUUGCUUGUGUUGCUUGGCCCAAGCAAGUCUCUUUUUAUUGGUGUCCUUUAGUAGUGGUUUCUUUGCAGCAUUUUGACCAUGAAGGCCUGAUUCACGCAGUCUCCUCUGAGCAGUUGAUGUUGAGAUGCAUUUAUUUAUUUUAUUUGCAAUCUGAGGUGCAGUUAACUCUAAUGAACUGUCUCUUCUGCAGCAGAGGUAACUCUGGGUCUUUCUUUGCUGUUGUGGUCCCCAUGAGAGACAGUUUCAUCAUAGCGCUUGAUGGUUUUUGCGUCUGCACUAGAAGAAACUUUAAAAGUUCUUUAAAUGUUCCGGAUUGACUGACCUUCAUGUCUUAAAGUAAUGAUGGACUGUCAUUUCUCUUUGCUUGUUUGAGCUGUUCUGGACAUAAUAUGUGCUUGGUCUUUUACCAUCUUCUGUAUACCACCCCUGCCUUGUCACAACACAGCUGAUUGGCUCAGACACAUUAAGUAGGAAAGGAAUUCCACAAAUUAACUGCUAACAAGGCAGAGCUGUUAAUUGAAAUGCAUUCCAGAUGACUACCUCAUGAAGCUGGUUGAGAGAUGCCAAGAGUGUGCAAAGCUAUCAAGGCAACGGGUGGCUACUUUAUAGAAAUCAAAUAUAACAUUGUUGAACAGUUGUUUGCUUACUACAUGAUUCCAUAUGUGUUAUUUCAUAGUUUUGAUGUCUGCACUAUUAUUCUACAAUGUAGAAAAUAGUACAAAUAAAGAAAUUCCCUUCAA